AUGAGGAAACGUCUAUUUUUCUUGAAUCUUAUUUUAUUUAUCUCAAAAUGGCAAAUCAAGCAAUUAUCAGCCGAAACUGUCAGUGGUUGUACAAUAAAUAAUAAUAAUCGUCGAAAUAACAACGAUAAAACAUCCGUAACAUUAACUUGUCCAAAUAAUGGCUAUAUUCUCGUUCGAAAUCUCACAUUUGGUGUACAUAAAACUUCUUCAUUGGCACCAGCAACAUCUUCUUUCUGCACAUAUCAACCAGGAGAUUGUACGACACGAACAACUUACAUAGGCAUGGAAUGUAACGGAUUAACAACAUGCGACCUCGAUUUGAAUCCGCAAUACUUGCAUAUUUGUAGUCAAUACAGUGAUUACAUGGUUCUUGAUUAUAUAUGUUUACAGGGAUCGAGUUUAUCUGUUUGUGAUAAUCGUUUAAUCUCAACAUCAUUACAUAAGGAUCAUCGAUUAUUCCUUCGAAGUCCGAAUUAUCCGCAUGAAUAUGAGAAUUCUCUCAAUUGUUCGUGUCAGAUUCAAACAAAAAAGUCGCAAGUCAAAUUUCUCGAUUUUUAUCUCGAAGAACGUGACGAAACGAACAUAUGUUCACGCGAUUAUCUACAGAUUGAUAACCGAUCGUAUUGUGGUUCAACAGAUGAAGACAACAAUCCAAUUAAAUCCACCAUUGAUCUGAAUUCAUCCUUUCAAUUGACGUUUAAGACAAAUGACGUCAUUACGCGGAAAGGAUUUUGGUUGAUGAUUAGUAGUGAACAACCGUUACAGGUUUCUUGCAAUAAUCUUAUUGAGUCAACUUCAACGUUACCAACAACAACAACAACAACAACAACAUUAACGACGACUAAAAGCACAAUUACUAUUCUCCAAUAUUUAACGUCAACAUCACUCAUCCCUCCAACUGAAAUAUCUAUUUUACACCUUAAUAACGAUAAUAAUCCGAACGAGAAACGUCGUUACACACUUUCAUAUAUUCUGAUCUUAACUAUUAUUUUCGUUGUUGUUCUUCUUUUAUUAAAUCUUCUUUUAAUUAUUCUCUGUUGGAGACAACGACGUCCAAAACCUACCAUGGAUUCCAAAGCAAACGAUACGAAUCGUCCAUUCUUUUGUUCCAUACGCUCUUCAGGAUCUUCUUCUUCGUCAGUGACAUACGGUGAAACACCAGUCCUAACUUCACUGGAUGCACAAAAACAACAAACACUAUCGUCAAGAUAUAUCUUCCAGCCAAAUCAUCAACAUCUGGAUACAACGCCAUCAACAUCGACAACGACCGCAACAGGUCCAUAUGAAGAUCUAAAUGAUUCUUCGACAACAUUACAACGACAACUGGUGAAAUGCAAAACAUCUGAUAAUCAUUCAUUAUACAUGCAACAUCGCCCGAUGUUUUCAUCACCAAAUACUGCUUAUAAUAGAAUGAUACACUUUCCACCUGCACCCAUUCGUUGUCAAUUUAGUACACCAGUCCAAACAUUCUAUCCACCACAACCAUUUCUUGAUACGCAACAUAUUUAUGAAACUAUACAAGAUGGACAUUGUCCAUAUCAGCGUCUAGCAACAACACUGCGUCGCCCGCUGCUGCAGCAGCAGCAACAACAACAGCAGCAGCCAUGUACAUGUACUUACGAUCACAAUGGACAGCAAUAUUCGAUUAGGACUUGUCAUGCAGAAAAUCUAGAUAUUGAAUCGACUCCUGAAACUCUAGUCUGA